AUGACGAACAACGUGCGCAGCAGUGGCGCGCGUCACAUCAACGUAGAGCGGCUCCACAAAUACACGUGCAACCACAGCGUUGAGAAGGACGGCUGUAUGUUUCCUCCAAGCCACAGGGCGUCUGAGGUUCGUAUCAACCCGCAUGACAGUGAUGUUGUUCUAUAUAAGAUCAAAUGCAAUAUCUGCGAGGAAAAGGAUGUCAUUUCCGAUAUCGUCGUGAACUUACUCAAGGAGAAAAUACGUGUAAUGCUUUGGGGGCAUCUACGCAUGAAGGAACCGGGUGUUCUCGAUCCAGUCGAUGUAAAGUGGACUUCGGGGCUUAAAAAACGCCGGAAGAUUCUUGUCACGUUCUCUUACCCCAAGGAGGGGACUGAGGGCGAGCAAGGAGAAAUCAAAGCAGCGAUCUACCCAGCACGAAAGCUAGAUGCCGAUCGUUCUCACAAGUGGGAAUCCAUCAAAGUGGAUAUGACAUUUGAUGCACAAUUCAAGUCGAUGGAGCUGCAAGUCGAUAUCAUUAAUCGCUUAGAUAGCUUUGAAAAGGACUGGAACGAGAUCAAAUACCCAAGCACGCCAUAUCAUUCCUUCCUAAAUUUUAGCUCUAGCGGUUCUGAAGGCGGUGGAGACGAUUUGUUUGACUUUGAGGAACCCUUUUCCCUGGAAUAA